AUGUUUUUCCUCAAGGACUUGUCGCUCAACUUGACGUUGCACCCGCUGUUCUUCGGGCCCCAGAUGAACCAGUACUUGCGCGACAAGCUCUUGUCCGACGUCGAGGGGACGUGCACGGGCCAGUUCGGCUACAUCGUGUGCGUGCUCGACUGUAUGAACAUCGACAUCGGCCGGGGGCGGAUCAUUCCAUCGCAGGGCAAAGCCGAGUUCGAGGUGAAGUACCGGGCGGUGGUGUGGAAGCCGUUCAAGGGGGAGGUCGUCGACGGCGUUGUCGUCACCGUGAACAAAAUGGGGUUCUUCGCCGACGUCGGCCCGUUGCUGGUGUUUGUCCUGACCCACUUGAUCCCCUCCGACUUCAAGUUCAACCCGCUGGCAAACCCGCCGGCGUACGUGUCUCCCGACGAGCAAAUCGAGAAGGGUCUGCGGGUAAGACUCAAGAUCGUCGGUACCCGUACCGACGUCAACGAGAUCUACGCCAUCGGGUCGAUCAAGGAGGACUUCUUGGGACCCACCCCGAACUAG